AUGGCUUUUUUAAUUCAUAGUUUUUUAUGUAUAUUUUUGAUUUCUUAUAUUUCCAUAUCAGUUAAUGGUCAAAUAUUAACAUGGUUUGAUGUAAACAACAAUCCAGACUUUGAUAUGGACGAAGUUCAAGAUAAUACAUUUUCAAUGGAUUAUUUAUUAGCUAAAUCUCAAUUCACACCAGAUGGACUUUCAAUGACAUAUUCAUAUGGAAAUAGCCCAACAUAUGAUGAAAUAACUGAAAAGAUUUUAUUGGUCCAUAAUGAAUCAACUUUUAAUGGUUGGACAUAUGCAGAAGAAGGUUCAAAAACAACUACAUCUGGUUUUAAAUAUUUUGAUUUUACAAAACAUUAUUACAAUGAUAAAUUCUUUCCAGUUGAUAGUUUAGGUUUUGGAAAUAAUGGAUUGGAUCAUAAUUAUAAAUGGUGCGCAAGAUUACAUUUUGUAAGCUUUUUCCCACCAGAUAAUCCUCCAAUGAAUUUUUAUGCAUCGCAUUCUGAUGAUCUUUUUAUUUUCAUUGAUGGUGUUUCAGUUUAUUCUUAUAUUGGAAUUACUGAUAAAUCAGAGAUUAGUUUAGAUUUUAAAAAAAUUGGUUAUCCACCAAGUCAAAUGUUUGAGACUGAAAUAAUUAAUUGCAAUAGAAAAUUUAGACCAGAUUAUCAUUUAUUAGAGUUUAAAACAGAUUUUCCAUUACAAUGCCACCACUUGGAAAAUGGUACUUGCUAUGAAGUUGAACCUCCCUCAAGAUUAAGUUCUCCAGUAACUACUAUUGCAUCAACUGCAACCACUAUUGUAUCAACAAUUACCGAAAUUCCAAUUGAGACAACAACAACAACAACAAUAACAACUUCAUCAACUGUAAGUGGAGGAAGUGGGUCAACAAUUGGAGGAUCGACAGUAACAACAUCAGCUACUAUCGGAGUUACUACCUCUAUAAGUGGAAGUGAUAGUCCUAUUAUUUAUGACCCAUGUUCAAUUUUCAAAUGUGGACAUGGUAAACGUUGUUAUAAUAUUGAUGAUUCUCCAAUUUGUAUUAAAACUGAUUGUUUAUCAUGUGAAGAUUUAGAUUGCCCUUCCCAAGGAUUGAAAUGUAUAUCCUUUAAAGUUAACAGGCAUAAAAAUAUUACAUGUAGAGACUGUUGCCAAUAUAUUCCAACAUGCUCAACAUAA